UGACCAAUCAUUUUGCUUGAAGCACACAGCGUAGCAGCUCCACUCCACUUUGUUGUAGAGCGAGUACAGAGAGCAUCUUGGAUAGGGGAAAGCCCAGUUCUAUGGUAUAUGGUUUCCCUUCAAUGAACCGCACAUAGUAUAAUGUCCGAGAAUGUCCAUUUCUGGACCUCUAAGCAACUACUAUGUCGAUUCCAUCAUAAGUCAUGAAGGGGAAGAUCCGAACGCUGCCCGAUUCUCUAAUGUACAGUAUUCCAACACUAGGCAACCGGGAACCGGAGAACAUCAUGAAUUCCCUUCGUGUAGCUUUCAGCCCAAGCCUCCUGUGUUUAGUUCAUCAUGGAGUCCUUUCAGUCCCCAUACGCCCAACAGCUUACCGGCGGUCUACCAUCCCUAUAUCCCAGCACAGCCAGUGCAUUCGACGGACACACGGUACCUUCGCACGUGGCUCGACUGUACACCAAGAACCGAGCCACUGGACGGCCAGAGCCAAGUCAAGAUGGAGCCACCCCUGGGACACCUCGAGGAGCCCCCGAAGAUUGGAGUACAGCACGAGUAUGUUUUGGAAUCCUCCUCAGCUCGGGAGAUAAAUCCCGGCCACGGCUCUGGAUUUGAAGACAGCAAGGAUAUUUGUGACGGUAGUGAAGACAAAGAGGGACCGGAUCAAAACGAUCCAUCAGCCAAUUGGUUACACGCUCGCUCGUCUCGGAAAAAGCGUUGUCCAUACACUAAGUAUCAAACCCUAGAGCUCGAGAAGGAAUUCCUCUUUAACAUGUACCUUACCCGGGACCGGCGACACGAGGUAGCGCGCUUGCUGAACUUGACGGAGCGGCAAGUUAAAAUUUGGUUCCAAAACCGAAGGAUGAAAAUGAAGAAAAUGAAUAAGGACCAGUCCAAGGAAUAAAUUGACAAGUGUGGGUGCCCAACCUUUACCCCUUUUAUCACUAUUAUGCUGACCUCUGGACAUUAAUACAAGAUGUUUGCUGCCUAUGCUACACUUUUUUUUUUUUUUUAAUCUGGGAUGCAGAUCACAACUACAAACUGAGUAUUCUUUUUAGAAAGCUACUCUACGAAGGGCAAGAACACUAGUAACCAACUAUAAAACUACAUGAAAAGAAAAUCAUGUAAUAGGAUAUAAACCUACUCAUUGUCCUAUGUUUUCAAUUUUCUUUCCAAUUUACUUCAUAAACAGAAAUAUAAGUACUUAUAUGUUUUAAAUGAAAGAAAUAUUACUUUGUGGACAUUGUGUAGACAGUGUUAUUUUAUUCAAUGGCAAUAAGUGCGGUUACAACAUAUUCCUAUAACAAAACUGAUUUUUUUUGUUAUUAUUAUUAUUAUUAUUAUUAUUAUUAUUAUUAUUAUUAUUAUUAUUAUUAUUAUUAUUAUUGUUGUUGUUGUUGUUGUUGUUGUUAUUAUUAUUAUUAUUAUUAUUAUUAUUAUUAUUAUUAUUAUUAUUAUUAUUAUUAUUAUUUCUUUUGUUAAGGAGAAUUAUUUAAAUUGUGCUGUGACAAAUUUUCAGAUAUGCAUUCCUUAAUAGAUAAAAUUGGGGCUUUGGGGUUAUCUUUUGCAUUUGUUUAAUUUUAAUCAAAACUCUUGUUACUGGAAGAAAAAUUGGGCUUUUCUCUUGAAUAUGUCUCCAUGAAAAAGUUAAAAUUUAUAGCGGCUUAAUUCAUCUUGCUUUUCUUACUAGUUUGGAUUCAUCUAUCCAAACAUCCAUUGAAUGAUUUAAAGAGUAAACUGUGUUACAGACUUUAUGUACAUACUACCAUAAUAAUGUAAUAUUCCAACUUUUAGACAUGAAGCAAAGAUGUAAAGCAAGGCUUUACUAAAUCAAGAUAUAGAAGCAUUUAAACCUUAAUUGGAUACUAUGUUACUCCGUUUGUAUCCUAAUUGUUGCUCCAGUUAUCAAAUCAAGGACGAAUUAAUUUAUAGACUAUAUCUGCUGGAUGUGUGUAUGUGUAUGUAGCUAGCUUGUCAGUAACAAACAAUUCGGUUUUAAACUAGCGGUGGUUGUAAAAGUUUACAUGCUUUAGCGCAUGCCUUGUAAAGUUUUAGUUACAUUUUACUUGAUUCUUAAAUGAGGUAGUACAAGUCUAAGCUCUUCCUUGUGUAGUAUUAGAAUGAUAGUUAUAAUUUAUUCAAAAUGUUAUUGCUUUUGCAGUGGAAUGUUUUUUUUUUUUUUUUUUUUUUUUUUUAAAUUGUAUAAAAAGAGAUCUUAUAGCCUACUUAAAUAAGCAAAUUUUCUUUCUUUUUUCAGACACUGUUUACAUAUUGUUCUCCAUAAGUCUUUGAGAUUUGUGCUAACACAAAAGUAUUAUGUUGUAAUGUAUACGUUUACUCAACAUUGCAUUGUUUUGCUUGUGAAAAAAUAAUUUCUUAAUGGACCUUUCUUUAGUCGCGUGCGUCUGUCUGCAACUUCCACUGAGGUGUGGAAUUUCUCUAGUUUUCCUCAAAGGGUGUCACAACCACCGACAAACUGACAGACAGACACGGUUCCCAUAUUACAAGUUUACACGGAUCACUGUCUGAGUUCUUGUCAUUGGUGUGUAACAUGUAUAUUUUUUAGAAAGGAUAAACCAAUACUCCACAUUCAUUAUUGACAUAAAACCUUCCUACUGAAUAAACACAGAAAACCUA